UAAGAAGGUUGUAUAAAUGUCAAGUUCUUAUAUAAUUGUUUCACAUAGUGUCCAGCAUUGAAGAGUGGAAAAAAGAUUAAACAUUUUUACACAUUGCUUUUUGUACAGAAUGUCUAUUCAUUGGGGCAUAGCAGGUGCUGGAAAAAUAUCACAUGAUUUUGUAUCAUCUUUACGAACAUUACUUGAAAAUGAACAUGUAGUGGUUGCAGUAGCAGCACGAGAACUAUCCAGAGCACAGGAUUUUUCUAACUUACAUAAAAUUAGAAAGGCAUUUGACAGUUAUGCAAAGCUAGCAGAGGAUAAUGAUAUUGAUGUCGUAUAUAUCGGAACGUUAAAUCCACAACAUUUUGAAAUUGCAAAGUUAAUGUUAAAUCAUGGGAAACAUGUCUUAUGUGAGAAACCUUUAACUAUGGAUGCAAAACAAACAACAGAAUUGAUAAACUUAGCAAACGAGAAAAAAUUGUUUUUAAUGGAAGGUAUUUGGAGCAGAUGUUUUCCUGUAUAUGAGAUUCUUAAGCAAGAAAUUGAUUCUGGAAGUAUCGGUGAAAUUUAUCAAAUUCUUGUAUCUUUUGGAUUUAAUCUCUCACAUGUUCAACGAUUAACCCUAAAAAGUCUUGGAGGAGGUACUGUAUUGGAUUUGGGCGUAUAUGCAAUACAAUUGGCUUGUUUGAUAUUUAAUAAUGAAAUGCCUCACAACGUACACGCUACUGGUUGUUUAAAUGAAGAGGGAGUUGAUCAAUCCGUGACUGCUAUCUUUCAGUAUAAAGGGAAUCGCACUGCAACCAUUAUUACUCAUUCUCUAGUUAAUUUGCCCAAUGAAGCAUAUAUUAUUGGUACAAAAGGGAUGAUAAAAGUGCCGAUGUUUUGGUGUCCAACGAGUAUAGAACUUCCACGCGGUACAAUAAAUAAACCACUUCCUGAAACAGAAUGCAAAUUUAAUUUUACUAAUAGUGUUGGGCUGAGUUACGAAGCUACUGAAGUUCGAAAUUGCAUUUUAAAAGGUAUGACUGAAAGUUCUAAAGUACCACACCAUACAUCUUUACUCAUUGCACAAUUAGAGGAUGAGAUUCGAAAACAAGUUGGUGUUACAUAUUAACACGUUCGCUACCAACGUUCAAACAAUAACGUUCAAGGAAAAAUUCGUUAUUUACUGCUCAGUUUGAACCAAGAACAAAUGGUAUAUGCUUAUCAUUAUUUACACUAUACAAGAGCAUCUCGCAAGUAGAUGACACGUAUAUAGAUGAAGUUCAAUUUCCGUCACAGUUAUGUGGCGACAGGUUCUGGAAAGAACUUCUUAUGCAUAUGUAACCAAUGACAGCAAGCUGGUUAAAUAUAUUCAAUAUUAAACAUGUUAUAUUUUG